GGGGGCGGGGCCCGGCGGCAGCAUAUAUCAGACCGGGCACGGGGCGCCCCCCCCCUCACUCGCGCGUUAGGAGGCUCGGGUCGGUGUGGUGUGCCGUCUUCCCGCUCGCGUCAGGGACCUGCCCGACUCAGCGGCCGCCAUGGCGUCGGACGAAGGCAAACUUUUCGUGGGCGGGCUCAGUUUUGACACCAACGAGCAGUCGCUGGAGCAGGUCUUCUCGAAGUACGGACAGAUCUCGGAAGUGGUGGUGGUGAAAGACAGGGAGACCCAGCGAUCGCGAGGCUUUGGCUUUGUCACCUUUGAGAACAUCGAUGAUGCCAAGGACGCCAUGAUGGCCAUGAAUGGGAAGUCUGUGGACGGGCGGCAGAUCCGAGUUGACCAGGCUGGCAAGUCAUCUGACAACCGAUCCCGAGGGUACCGAGGUGGCUCUACUGGAGGCCGGGGCUUCUUCCGUGGGGGCCGGGGCCGGGGCCGUGGGUUCUCCAGAGGGGGAGGGGACAGAGGCUAUGGGGGUGGCCGGUUUGAGUCCCGGAGUGGGGGCUACGGAGGCUCCAGAGACUACUACAGCAGUCGGAGUCAGGGUGGUGGCUACGGUGACCGGAGCUCAGGCGGUUCCUACAGAGACAGCUAUGACAGUUACGGGUGAAGGCGGCCCGCACGGACGCAGCAGCGAUGACCUCGGGUCGCGCCCAGGAAGGCCACACCAGAAGGACAGCGAGACCAGCCGCCUGCCUCCCGGCUCGUCGCCGUAAGUGCCCCAGAGCCGGCCGGGGGCUGCCCGCGGCUCUCGCGGAACGGAGCUUCGCCGCGGGCCAKGGUCGGUGCAGCAGCAAGAGCCGGGCGGCCGGCGGGGCUGGCGCGGCGGGGCGCGCGGUCUGAAUAAAGGGCGUGUGUCACCCAGAAAGCGCGUGUCUGCUUCGGGGUGCGGCGCGGGA